AUGCGUGGGACCCAUGACAAGAUCAAGCUCGACCCGGCCCGGACCGCACAUGUCGUCGUCGAUCUCCAAGUCGGCUUCAUGGGCGAGGGCUCACUGCUAGAGGUACCGAACGCACGCGGCAUUGUCGACAACGUCAAUCGCGUGUCACAGGCGCUGCGGUCUGCGGGGGGAACUAUUGCCUACGUCCAAUACAAAUUCGAUGCCGACGAGCCACACCGGUGGGGACCUCAUUACGACCGCAUGACUCCGGAUGCGGUUGAGCGGAUACGAGCGGCGUUCAGCGUCGGCAGAGAACAGCACGCUCUCUGGCCCGGCCUCGACGUCCAGCCAGAGGACCUGAUUGUGCCAAAGACGCGGUGGAGCGCCUUCAUCCCCGGAACCUGCGACCUUGACUCGCUUCUAAAGGCCAGAAGCAUCGACACGCUCAUUGUCACGGGCACCACCACCAACAUCUGCUGCGAGUCAACCAUGCGGGACGCGAUGCAGAUGGGUUACAAUGUCUUGUUCGUGCAGGAUGGAAACGCGACGCGCGACGACGCGGUUCACAACGCCAGUCUGCUGAACAUGCUUUUCUUUGGCGAUGUUGUUACCGCUGAAGAGGCAAUCGCACGAAUUGAGGCAGGGCUGCGUCCCGAGAAUCCCAAGAAUGGGGGGCCUGGGGUUUGA